AUGCCAGAACAUUUUGAUCUCUCGAAACCCAAUCGCCCCAUCCAGGUGGGAGUGAUACUGUUGAACUCGGAGACGGAGGUGCUGGACGUUGCCCCGAUCGACCUGCUGCAUGCUAUGUCAAAGAAAUUCGUUGCAGCCCUGGAGCCAUUCUAUCCGGGAGACAUCGACGCUCAAGCUUUAGACAUCGAGUUCCACUGGGUCAACGAGACCGGUAAAACGGCACGACUGACUGGAGGUAUCACGCUUGUGCCGACCGACACCUUCGCGAACUGUCCACCGCUCGACAUCGUGCUCAUGGGAGCUCAUGUACAACUUGGAGAUUACUCCCCGACCCAGGCGGAGCUUGACUUUAUGCGGAAGAGCUAUGAUGACUGCUCGGCCUUCAUUACGAUAUGUGGAGGGUGUCAGGCGCCUUUCCAGGCCGGCCUGUUCAAGGACAAGACGGUGACAGCGCCACGCUUCAUGCUAGACCAACUGCGCCAGACAGCGCCUGGGAUAAAUUGGGUGGAGAAGCGCUGGCAGAGGGAUGGCAAGCUGUGGACGAGUGGGGCAUUGCUGAAUGGGUUGGAUCUCAUGCGUGCUUUCGGCACAGCAUACUGGGGUGGCGAAGGCACUCUGUUGCAGUUCGCGCUGGACGCCGGGCACUACCCACAGAGAGAUGUUGAUUAUGCUGACGCCCCAUGA